UCCAUCCUGUGGGCUGUGCACACAGCACCCCCGACCUCCCCUCCUCCUCCUUCUUCUCUGACAGCUUUGCUCCACCAGCUCUGCACUGUGCCGGCCUUGAGAGGAGUAAGGGAGCAGAAAGAGGCACUAGAAGAGAGGAUUUGCUGAACCGAGGAGAGACGGACAGGGGAGAGGGACCAUGGCUGCUCUCUCUGCCUUGCUGAAGACCUGGGUUAUUCUGCAGACCUUGUGCCUGGUUUUGGCUCAAGUGAGGGGUCCACCUGGACCUCCGGGCCCGCCAGGCCCACCCGGCCCCUCUGGCACUCCUGGGUCAGAUGGCAUUGAUGGAGAUAAAGGGCGUCCCGGGUCACCUGGCCCACCAGGGCAAAAGGGAGAGCCAGGAGAGCCAGGUCCUGACGGAUCACCCGGGGAGAAUGGCAUUGAUGGUUUGAUUGGAGCAAAGGGUGACCGAGGUCCUAUCGGGAGACCUGGACCAAAGGGUCAACCAGGUCCAACUGGUGAGCCCGGAACUCCUGGAGCUGGCCUUCCAGGACUGGCUGGUAUUCCAGGGCCAAUUGGUCUCCCUGGUGAGAUCGGACCAACUGGACCAAAGGGUAUCCUUGGACCACCGGGACCUCCAGGACUUCCUGGACCUCCGGGCAAGCCGGGUCCUCCAGGCAAGUUUAUUGUUGGAGAAGAGGGUAGUGCAGAUUUCGAGUGUCCUCUCAACUGCCCAGCGGGACCUAAAGGCCCACAGGGACUGCAGGGAGUCAAGGGACACAAAGGACGUGCCGGUGCUCUCGGAGAUCCUGGCAGCAUUGGAAGACCGGGCCCCAAGGGAGAAGUUGGCAUCUCUGGGGAGCAGGGCAUCCCAGGACCUUCAGGUCCCAUGGGUCUGAGUGGUUAUCCAGGAAUGAUGGGUCCCAAAGGAGAACCAGGCCCUGGUGGGUACAAGGGCAUCGGCGGACCAGUAGGACCUCCUGGGCCACCUGGUGAAGAAGGACCUCGUGGACCACCUGGAGAGCCAGGCGAUAAAGGAGACAAAGGCAGCCGAGGUAUCCAGGGCCCACAGGGUGCAGUUGGCAAAAAGGGAGAGAAUGGUCUGCCGGGUAUUGAUGGAAAAGAUGGCACACCUGGCAUUCCUGGAAUCAAGGGUGGCCCCGGUCAGGCCGGGAUGCCCGGUCCUCCUGGUCCUCAGGGAACAGCGGGGUUACCCGGCAGCCCAGGAGCUAAAGGUGGACCUGCAGCAAAGGGGGAACCUGGACCUAGAGGUCAUGUCGGCUUGCCUGGGCCUUCUGGACCUUUGGGUGACCCCGGAGUCGAGGGAUUGGCCGGCGAAAAAGGCGAAAAGGGUUUGUCUGGCGAACCUGGGCCCAAAGGACAGCAAGGAAUCAGGGGUGACACUGGACACAAUGGACCCACUGGAGAUCCUGGCAAACCAGGAGACCAGGGACCACUGGGGCUGCCCGGUCCUAGGGGGCUUAAUGGAGAACGAGGAGUACCCGGUAUGCCGGGCAUUCAGGGACCACCAGGACGUGAUGCAUCUGACCAGCACAUUGUUGAGGUUGUGCUGAAGAUGAUGCAGGAGAGGCUAGCGGCCGUGGCAGUAAGCGCCAAGAGGGCUGUGCUUGGUGGUGCAGGUGUAAUGGGGCCUCCCGGACCCCCUGGACCUCCAGGGGCAUCUGGGCCUCAGGGACCACAUGGCUUACCUGGUGCCCGCGGCAUCCCCGGCAUUAUUGGAGCACCUGGGCAAAUUGGAAACACAGGGCUUAAGGGAAAAAGAGGUUCAAAGGGAGUGAGAGGUGAUCCAGGUAGACCUCACUCAGGUCCACCAGGAGCUCCAGGAAUACAAGGCCCCCCCGGUAUCGAUGGAGUGGCUCGGGACGGUAGGCCCGGAGAGAGAGGACCUCAGGGAACACCUGGAGAGGCCGGUCGCCCCGGCAUGUCGGGUCCGCUGGGUCUCCCGGGAUUCUGCGAGGCAGCGAUGUGCCUGGCCGCGUCUGCUUACACCUCACCGAGACUACAGGAGGCGGGAACGAUCAAAGGACCCAAUGUUUAGAGGCCCCGUCUCCCCAUAAGCAGAUCGCAGCACCUGGGAGAGAGGGAGCAAGGCAAGGAAAAAAAAAAAGGCGAGAGACCACUCUUCUCAAGCCGGGCAACAUCAAGAACGAGAGGUGGGGGGGGGGGCAAUAAUAGUACAUUGACUGCAUGUGUAGCCCCCCCCCCACCGCUCCUUCCUAGAACUGACAACCUGAAGUUUUGACUGGUGGGACAUCAUGAUCUUAAUCCUCCACAUCACCAUGACAACAGCAGCUCACAGCCACCCACAUCCGUCUGAAAUCUCAAGUGUUUUUUUUUGGAUGUCGGUGUCAGCGCCGUCCAAAUAUCCCAGUCCUGCUCAAGCAGUGAAAAAGGAACAGAUUUCAUAUUACAUCUCUUUUUUUUUUGGUCUCUCACCAACUCAAAACAUCUAUGAGCCGAAAGAAGCUAAACCAAAUGUGGUGAAGGAUGCUUUUUCCUUGUUUGGUCACUUUAAAUGUUUUGGUUUUUUUUCCCAUAUGCAAUAUUUUGUCAGAGGAAUGUUUUGAAGUUUUAACACCCUGCCUCUUUUCCAACAUCACACCCGUUGCCUUAAACGUGUACCCCGAAAACCUGACUAAUAAAUGAUUGCAGCCCUAGUUUCCACUCAGUACUGUACCGCAUUGUAAAAUGUAGUCUUUUUCAUUUGUAGGCUUGAGUGAGAUCCCUGAUUUACCUCAUGUGUACACUGCCCUCCCUUCCCAAUCCCCCGCUUUCAACCCAAGUCUCGUUUUAGAAACUAACGACUAGCUUUAUCUCUUCUUCUUGUUGCCUGGCAACAGCAUAUCCCGAUGGGCACUCCCAUCUCCCACAAUGCAGUGCUGUAAAUCUUUGUAAAUGUGUGUUGAUUAUUAUGUAGAGGAAAAGGAAUGGGUUACGAUAUGCACCAACAAAAAUCCUGUGUUAAUGAAAUCAGUGAGUAAUAAGGAGUUCCUACAGAAAUAAUGACUCCUCCUCAGAGCAAAUCAGUUAACGGUCCUAAUGUGCUUUCUGUGCCACUGUCAACUUUCCAUGGGAGGUCGGUGCUUUAACGACAACUUAUUUUCAUCAAAAGAAGCUAUUUAUUGUUCUUUAUAUAUAAUCAUCUGUAAAAAAAAUAAAUAAAGUUGUUUGCUGGCUGUUCAGGCAAUCCCAGACUAAUAAAGAGGAACCUUUUCUAA